AUGACACUAAGCAGUCUCACCGGAAAGAAGCUGCUGGCAGCUCUCCUCACAAUAUGUCUCUUCCAAACGGUGACACAAGCAGCACAGUUCACCAACUCCUUCGACAACGUCCGCAGCGGCUCCAGCCUCUUAUUAACAUGGGAAGGCGUCAAGCGGGAACACUAUCCGUUAUACAUCACGGCGCAAGUGAUACAAGAGAGGGAGAGCGAGGAUGGACGGAUACGGGCCGACGCGUGGAGGAUGAAUAUUACAGCCGGGAUGACGGAGAGCUCGUAUGAGUGGACGAGUGUGCCGUAUCCAUUGAGAUGGAUUCCCUCGGGGUUGUAUCAGCUUGAGCUGUGGUCGAUGAGGUGGACGGAGGAGGAUCAGUUGCCGCCUUUACUGGCGCAGUCGUCGGUUUUUAGGAUAUCGGAGCCUGAGACUGGGAAUGGGCAAAGCACCGGACAAUCUUCGGUCAAGACAAUUUAG